ACACACACACACACACACACACACACACACACACACACACACACACACACACACACACACACUUAUUCAUUUUGACUAAUGCCUAGUGCUAACUCUAAGAACAUAAGGCUAUCUACUCCCGAUAGAAGACCAAUAUGUACACACACACUGACACCGGAAUAUUUAGCUAAUAUUAUAUGAACCAGCUACCACAGUCAUGGUCAUACAACCUGUAAUUAACUAAUGAGCCUUUCCCACCCAUAGGUCGAUUUAAUACCUAACGAACAGCCUGACCCUACCCCAACACAUUAUGCAUAUAAUAUAUACACUAGAACCAAGCUAUGGUACCUACUAUAGGUCAAGUUAUAGGAACCAAAAAAGCUGUUGUGAUUUCACCCACCCACACACACAGACAACUAGAACUCUGUGGUAAAAAAUAAUGGUACAUGUACAUAACCCUCAGUAGUAACACCUUGAGGGAGCCUUAAAUUAAAGCUCACAUGAUCCAAGCAUGCCAUGCAUAUAGAAACAAAUGGAUAAAAUGGAGUGUAACCAAAAAAAGUCAUCUGAAGCCAUCCAGUAAGUAAAGCAAUAUUUGGCCUUUAUGAUAUUAUUAUGCUGCACUUGUAUGAAUACAUAAAACUAUAUACAAUAUAUAGCACAUGUCAAAAUCCUUAAUUCUGUAUGCCCAAGAAACCAAUAGCAACUUAGCUCACAUGAAUUAUCGUAAUGACAACGUAUAGACCACCCCCACUAACAAGUUUACCCAUAACUACUGCUAGAAUAGGAAGUAAUGUAGUAAUGAAUGUUACAUGAUAAUUAUAAUAAUGCCAUUUGUUGGCAUUAUAGCAAAUCCGGACUCCAUAGGGAGUGGUUCCGCCUAUUCUGUAGUCGACCACGGGUCGGGAAAUUAAAGGAACCGAAACCCGUGGCCUGACGAGGAUCAGAUUAGGUUCUCCCCUGAUGACCGGUGCAUUCAAUUAACCGAGAGCAGAAGGCAUAAGCCUACUAACCUCGCACUACAAUAGAUACUAUAGCUCUUCCUGUGUUCACAUAAUAAUUAUGUACUAUUGGGUAGUUUAGGGUCAUUCGCAACACCCACGUGCAUUGUAUAAGCAGUCACCAUGUGACUUAACCUUAGCACAGCAAGCUAAGCUACCUAUUUUAUACCUACACAACACUUUAAACUGCUAUACCAGAACAAUAAUUAUAUAAAUAGACUAUAAGAUCGGAUUACGCGGGACCUGUUACAAGUAGAUGUUUUUCUCUUUUCUACUCUUAGGCUGAGUCAGUAAUUAUGUGUCGGAAAGCCCGAUCCCACCCCCUAUACUUCUGUAUAUACCAUUCUCAAACACACACACACACACACACACACACACACACACACACACACACACACACACACACACACACAUUAUUAUUGCAGAUUGGUUGUUUCCGAUGGAUACUUUCUUGGUUCACUCCGCUUUGCAAGGAGUAAAUGGUGCUCAAUGGAAACUGUUGGGAAUAAAUCUUUCGAUCCCCUGGAACAAAUUAGAUGCCAUUGAAAACGAAACAUCCUUCCCCAGUGACAUUGCUAAGAAAGAGGAAGUAAUUCGACUGUGGAUGUCUCAAGAACCCACCUGGAAAAUGUUGGCAGAGGCUCUCAGUCAACCUACAAUUGGAUUGUCCCAGAAAGCAAGUCAAAUCUCACAAGAGCAUAAUGUGUCUCUACAAGAAAAAAUUCUUGAAAGCAAUUCAUCCACCUGCCCCGGCGAGGACUUUCUCCAAUCGUUUGCUGCCAUCAUUGAUUCUCGAUGGCAGUGUCUUGCUUCUCCCCUCUCCCUCACUUCUGAAGACAUUGUGAGCAUCAAACAAGAACCAAGAAGAGCAGAGCCGACCAGACAAGCACUCGUCAUGCUGCAAAAGUGAGCAGCCAGGGAGACGGCAACUUAUGGUCUGUUGAGAGAGAGACUCCGUACACUCUCAGUGUUUCAUAUCUGAGAAAAAUUAGCAUCAUGUAUCACAGCACAAAUUUAUAUGUAUAUAUGUAGCUACAUUCAAUUGCACCUACUAGCUCUUUAAAGAACCGUGUUUGUGUCACUGAACUUUCAAAAGUCAUGCCUUGCCAC